CACUUCGAUUCCUAAAACCCUUCCCUUCCGCAGAUUUUUAUUUUCUUUGGUUGCUUUCGCAAAAACCCUAGUUCUUCAUCGACUACCUCUCGCAACGAUGAAGCUCGUCAGAUUUCUGAUGAAAUUGAACAACGAGUCUGUGUCGAUUGAGCUAAAAAACGGCACCGUCGUUUUCGGCACUAUUAUUGGUGUUGAUAUCAGCAUGAACACGCAUCUGAAAGCUGUAAAGCUUACUUUGAAGGGAAAGAAUCCAGUGACUAUGGAUCACCUUAGUGUAAGGGGUAAUAACAUACGUUAUUACAUCCUUCCCGAUAGUCUGAAUCUCGAGACAUUGCUAGUUGAAGAGACACCUAAGAUCAAGCCCAAGAAGCCAAUUGCAGGGAGAGCUGUGGGCCGCGGUAGGGGCAGGGGUCGUGGGCGUGGACGCGGUAGAGGCCGUUAAAUAUCUAACCAAUCGUAUCAGUUUUUGUAGUAUUUUUUGUUAUGUAAAAUCUGUAUUUGAAGAAGUGAAUGUGUUUCUAGAAGAACUUGAAUAUGAUCUGUGCAAUGUUUACAGGUAAAAGAUCAUUGUGAUUUUAAUGACAUUGUUCCGUGGUUUAGCUCAACUUUUA